AUGUCGUCGUCAGCGCCACCGCGGACGUCCGUCGGGCCCACGCAAUGGGCCAUCGUCCAGGACGCAACAGGCAAGCCUACCAUAGUAACCGCCGCGCCCGUGCCGGCACUCAGGCCGGGCGAUGUCUUGGUCAAGACGACGGCGGUGGCACUCAAGCCAAGUGACUACAAGAUGGGUGCGGCUUUCCCCAGUCCCGGCGCCAGUGUGGGCGGGGAUUUCGCCGGGCGCGUCGUCGACAUAUUGCCAGGUGCAGGCGACGACGGCGGUGAUGAUAAUGAUGAUGGUAACCUAAGCACGGCGAAGAGGCAGCGCUUGCGCGUGGGUGACUUGGUCUGCGGCCAGGUGCACGAUUCAAACCCAGCUGACACCGGCACCGGUUCCUUCGCCGAGUACGUGCGCGCCCCGGCCGACCUCGUGCUCCGUGUCCCCGACGGAAUCGCCCCAGCCCGCGCCGCGACCCUCGGGACGCCACUGCUCACGAGUUGCCUUGCGCUGUGGGGCUCGCUGAAACUCCAGGCAUCGCCUGCUAGUCCGGCGAAGGACGCGGAUCCUGUCCCCGUCCUGAUCUACGGCGGCAGUACGGCGACCGGGACCAUGGCCAUCCAGUUGCUCAAGCUCUCUGGUUACGACCCCGUCACCACGUGCUCUCCCCGGAAUUUCGACCUGGUCAAGUCGUUCGGCGCCAGCGCCGCGUUCGACUACACACGGGAAGGGGUCGGGUCUAAGAUCAGGGCACACACGAAAGGGCGGCUGCGGCACGCGCUCGACUGCAUCACCGACCAGGCCUCGGUGACCUGCUGCUACGCCGCCCUCGGGCGGCCGGGUGGACGCUACGCGAGCCUGGAGCGCUGUCCGCCCGAAUGGAGGACGCGGGAUGCCGUCAAGGCCGAGUUUGUGAUGAUGCAUGAGGCGUUCGGAAAGGAGGUCAAGCUUGGUGGGGAUUAUGGGCGGCCGGCGAAUGCGCAAAUGCAUCGCCUAGCCGUAGAUAUGUACAGGGUGAUGCAGGACUUACUUGACAAUGGAAAGAUCCAACCACACCCGGCUGAGGUGGCCGGCCAUGGCUUAGAGGACAUUAUGGAAGAGGGGACCUGUGUCCAGGGCAGCCAGACUUGCCACGAAGGCGGCUUAGGUGCUGCUCUUGCAAAAGCCUUCCAGGAGCAGGGCUACCACGUCUUUGCCACUUUGCGCAAUCCUGCCAAAGCAGGUUCUCUGGCCAGCGAGAACGAGAACAUCGAAGUCUUGCCCCUUGAUACUACGUCAAAAGAGUCCAUUGACGCCUGUUUCGAAACGGUGAAAAACAAAACAGGUGGGACACUCGACGUGCUCGUCAACAACGCCGGGAGCGGAACCACCAUGCCGUUGCUUCACGCGCCGAUAGAACAGGCCAAAGCAACGUACGACGUGAAUGUCUGGGGCACACUCAGCGUGGUCCAGGUCUUCUCACCGCUGCUGCUCAAGUCCAAAGGCACUAUUGUGAACAUUUGCUCCAUCGUGGGAGCAGCAAAUGUGGCGUGGCAAGGUGUCUAUAACAGCUCCAAAGCAGCUGAAUCAUUCCUCUCUGAGUCGCUGCGUAUCGAGCUGGAGCCUCUUGGAGUGCGCGUGUUGACAGUCAUGUUGGGCCAGGUCAGCACGCAGAUGUAUGCCAACACCCCAACUUUCCAGCUGCCCGAGGGGUCGCCAUAUGAGCCGAUUGCAGAAACAAUCGCGAAACAGAGCAGGGGAGAGUUGAACUUGAACAACGAGUCGGCUGAGGUUGCAGCGAGGAAUUUGGUCAAGGACACGAUAAGCGGACGCAGUGGCCAGAUCUGGCGCGGGGGUAUGGCAGGCUCGGUCUAUCUAAGCUUGUGGCUCUUGCCGUCAAAGCUAAUGGAGUGGAUGGUUCACGCGAAGAGAGGUGUUUACGACCUUAACAGGCCCUAA